AUGGAAGCAACCAAUCUUGGAUGUUGCAAGCUUUCAUGGAGGCUAGUUUCCAAGAACCUUACAAGCCAGAGACCACACAGCAGGCUUAUGGUUAGAACGAGCUUCGAGGAUAAAGAUCAUUUUGGGAGCUCAGUGGAUGAGAACAUGAUAGUGCUGCGUUUGCGGAUAAAGGAGAUGAAGAUGUUGGAGAAGAGUGAAGAGGCUCCUUCUGAUUGGAUGGAGUUGGAGAAGAGGUUUUAUGGUCACUAUGAUGAAGAUGUUUUUGAAGCAAUAGGGUUGUUGCAGUCUUAUUUGAUGAGCCUCAGGCCAAGUGUUGCAUUAGGGAUGUUAGUUCUUGUAGCUUUGAGUGUGCUGAUAACUUCCGGGAUGGGCUUGUUUCAUGCCAUGAAGAUGGCAAAGAUCCUUCUAUAUUGCUUUGAUUCAAUGUGA